UCCUCCAUCGCAAUGCGACGCUGCCAGCUGCUGUCUUUACAGAAACUGGUGAAGUCCCUGGAUCCACGUUAGAAAGAAACUGGAUAUAUUUGCACAUUACCGUCAACAACAGGCCUUACCUGCUCAGAAAAGCAUGUAUGCAGCUGUGUGUCACUGCGGAAGAAGCUUCACGUGUAGGCGUGUUUAGUUUUUCUGGUUGAAAAGUUCACCGGAAAUCCACGGAACAGCUUGUGUUGUUACUGACAGCACCCACGUUCAUUUUGACUCGGGGUUGUUGUGCAGUAGCAGCCGGUUAAAAGUAUGUCAGGGAUAACAGCCAGUACAACAAACUACCUCUGGUCUUUACAGGAUGUCCUUGGCCAGGGGGCGACUGCUAGUGUCUACAAGGCACGCAACAAGAGGUCAGGUGAGCUGGUUGCGGUCAAGGUGUUUAAUCUACUGAGCUACCACCGCCCCCAUGAGGUGCAGAUGCGAGAGUUUGAGAUGCUGAGGAAGCUCAACCACAGCAAUAUUGUCAGGUUGUACACUGUGGAGGAGCUGCCGUCUAAACAGAAGGUACUGGUGAUGGAAUAUUGCUCAGGAGGAAGUUUGCUCAGCCUGCUUGAGGAACCAGAAAAUGCUUUUGGCCUCCCUGAAACAGAGUUCCUCACUGUAUUGCAAUGUGUUGUGCAGGGAAUGAACCAUCUGAGGGAAAACGGAGUGGUGCACCGGGACAUUAAACCAGGCAACAUCAUGAGGCAGGUUGGGGAAGAUGGCAAAUCUGUUUAUAAGCUGACUGACUUUGGAGCAGCAAGAGAGCUGGAAGAUGAUGAGAAGUUUGUGUCCGUCUAUGGAACUGAAGAGUAUCUGCACCCAGACAUGUAUGAGCGUGCUGUGCUACGUAAGCCUCAUAUGAAGUCCUAUGGAGUGAGUGUCGACCUGUGGAGUAUUGGUGUGACAUUUUACCACGCAGCCACUGGGAGUCUCCCCUUUGCUCCGUAUGGAGGACCCCGCAGGAACAAGCCCACCAUGUACAAAAUAACUACAGAGAAACCCAUGGGGGCGAUCGCUGGAAUACAACGAGUCGAUAAUGGACCAAUAGAGUGGUGCUACCACCUACCUCACAGCUGCCAACUUACACAGGGUCUGAGGAUGCAGCUGGUUCCUGUGCUUGCAGGUAUACUUGAGGCUGAUCAGGAGAGGUGUUGGGGUUUUGACCAGUUCUUCAAAGCCACCACAGACAUACUGCAGCGGCAGCCGGUUCACCUCUUUGCACUGCAACAGGCCAUGGCACACUGCAUCUACAUACACCAUUACGACAUUGUGUCAGUCUUCUUUGAGGAGGUGGCGUCUCAGACUGGUAUAGCAGUACAGCAGCAACAUCUUUUGUAUCUGGGUCAUGACCUUCCUCUUGAGGGCAGUAUGAAGGUGGUCAACCUGCCGUGCACUUCACCUGACCAGCCCCUUAUUCUGUUCAGUGAUGGGCCUGAAGCAAACACCGGUCUGCCAUUCAGAGAACCCGAGACUCCUGUAAUCCCAUCCAAAUUUGACAUUGUAGCAGACUACAACUUCUCUAAGGUAAUAGUGGGAGUGGUCCACCAGUAUCUAAGGAUAGUACAGUUGCUGCACAAACACCGAGAGCUGCUACUGCAGGGAUACUACAGCUACAUCAUGAGACUGCGCAGGGAGUGCGGAGAGGCCAUGCAUAGUAUUGCGAUGCUCACCUUUAGACUGCAGUCCUGUCUCAGCAUAGAACACAGGAUUCAUAUGCUAGGACUGCAUGCUUCAGAAAGUCCAGUUUCACCUGAUAAUGGCCACAAGCUGCAGCUGGUCCACGAGCAUCUGCCUAUAUACGCUGCCAGCAUCCAAGAGUUUCAUAACCGGAUGGAUCACCUGCAGAUAGAACAGGCCAAACUAUCAGAGAUCCUGGCCAACGACAAAAGCUGUCAGAAGAUAGAGAUGCUGCUCCAGAAGAUAACAGCAAUUCAUCAGCACUACCGUAAAGACAGACUGACUGGCAAGCUGGCAUAUAAUGAUGAGCAAAUCCACAAGUUUGAGAAAAUCCACCUGUCAUCCCACAUUAAGAGAUUGAAGUCGCUCUUCAGAGAAGACUGUGUGCAGAAAUACAAAGAGUUUUUGGCCUCAACAAGGACAUGGAGCAGUGUUUUAGUGGAUAUGCAGACCAGACUGCAGGACUUCAGCUCUUUCUCCAGAGGCUUGUUGGCAGACUUGGAGAUGAACGAGCAGCGCCAGAAUAAAGUUCUGGACAGAAACCUGUUUGCUCUGCAGACCAACAGACCAGGACAAGAGCCUGGAAUCACACCAAGGGACAAAGACCAGAUGGUCUCCAGGAUGCACCGUCUUAAGGAGGAAAUGGAGAUUUUGGUCAGAGAACUACAGUGUAACAACAGCAUUAUAGAGAGUCUGGGAACAGGGAACUCAGCAUCAGAAGCUCUGGAGCCGAGCUUGGCCAGACCCUCUACACUGUGACCAAAGUGCAGCAUCUUUGCAUCUUAAUACACACACAAAAAUACACUCAUUCCAACAAACACCUCAUUUAUUAACUGCCACUCAUGAGCAGUUAUGGACAUUGCGCUAGAUCUUAUUUCAAGGAGCGAUUGCAGUCUGUUAAUGAAAAGGAAGCGGCUGAAAACAAUCAAUAAAUUGUGAAUCUCAAUUUAGAGGCGAAGCACUGCGCAAUCUGGAAAACCUCUAAAUUUAACACGACUAACUCUGUAUGUUACUGUCUGCCUUUCUGUCUGUGUACUUGUUGAAUAAAGGGCUUUUAGUCAUUUUCUGUUGAUCAUUCAAAUAGUUUCACAUGAUUUAAUUUCUUACUUCAGGCAUAUCUUUGUGCUUGAUUGCAUCAGUGACUUUCAGCAUCUCCAAGCACACAGCACU